AUGAAGAAGACGGUUAAGAUUCUCCUUAUUCUGGUCACAUUAUUCCUGAAAGUGCACUGUUCGAAUGAAGACCAGGAUAGUGAGGAUGAAGCCUCCGACGUACUGAAUCAGACCAACGACUCCAAUUCGUCGGAUCCCAAUCAAAAUUCUGGAGGUAAGUUCGUUUUCUCGAAGCUAAACAAAAACUAGGUACUUUUUUUUUUCUACCCCCACAUGAUGUUUACCACGAUUCCAAGUAAAAAAUAUUACAUUUUACCUCCUCCCACAAACCUAAACUUCACUCUUUUUUUUAUGCAAACUCUUGCGGCGACAAAAUGCAAAAUCUCGGUGGUGGUCCUCUUCGGCCGAUUCUAUCCCAUCCAACAGCACCCACGACCACAUCCUUCCUGAAUAAGACAAGCAUUUUGUGCGUGAAUUCACGCAAAUCAACAAAAUUCAGCUGUGUCAGUGCUUCCGCAUCUCAAAGCUCAGCUGUUGUAAAGUAUAGACAUGAAAGAUGCGUUUUUGGAGAGACAAAACUGGGGAAAUUACCUUUGUUGUCGUUUUCGACUCAACCCGGAAACAAUUUCUGUACUACUCUGCUUUGUUGCCACUCUUUUCGAAGCUCAAAAAUAGCCACGUCAGAACAAAGGGAACUUGUUCGGCACCUAUUGUAAACGUGCAACUUCCACUUCUUUUUCGCUCCGCACUCUUUUUUUUUCUCAUUCAUUGAUCCGAAUCCACAUGUCGAACGAAACGACAACAUUUAUUCACUAAAAAACAGAUGUGUUUCGAUAUGACCAUCAAAUAUUGUGCGAGUUUAAUGUCCCUUGAGUAGUUUCUCAGUUUCCGACAAUGAAAUGGAGAGCAAGAGUAAAAGGGCGAGAAGGGAGGGCUAUAGGGCAUUUGAGAGCCCGAAAACGAGGCGUCUCAGCCCUCUUUCUCACCAUAAUUUUGGUGUUUUUAUAGACUGCCUGGGGAUUUGAGCCGACGAGAGCUCGAGAAUUUAUUAGAAAAUUUCCAGCUUCCUGUAGUUCUGAACAAUUUGAUCACUAAAAGCUCAAGCUCAAACUCUUUCUCUCUCCCUCUCUUUUUCCCCGACUUUUAAUAUUGAAAUUAAAGACACAUUGUGUGAAAAGUGUGAAUUUAAAUGAAAGCACUAGGAAAUGGGUAAAUACGACUCAUCAAAAAGGCAUGAAGAUGAUGGUGCGGGAAAAAGGAAAAAAGAGAAAAAGGAAUUGAAAACCGGACAAAUAAAAAAAAGUUGCAGAGCAAGGCGAUACCAUGGGAGAGGACGAGGAUCGGCUGGUCAUAGAUCUCUUCCGCGAGUAUAACUUCUUGAUUAGGCCGGUUAGGAAUGUGAGCAGUCCGCCGGUCGUCGUGGACUUUGGUGUCGCCAUGAUCCUGCUCAUCAAUGUGGACGAGAAGAAUCAGAUCCUGCAAACAAAUGUUUGGCUGACAAUGAAAUGGAAUGACUUCCAACUGGCUUGGAAUCCAGCUGAAUAUGGUUGGGUUUGCCACCAACACUUUGGUAAAUAAUUGAGUUUUUAUAGGAAACAUCUCAAAUCUUCAUGUGCCGUCCGACCGAGUCUGGCUUCCUGAUAUUGUCCUUUUCAACAAGUGAGUCACUUUCCCCGUUUCCUACAUUUCUAACCGAUCCUGUGAGAGUUGAAAGGCAAGAUUCGCCAAAUCCACUUUGUAUGAAUGCUGAAUGUGCGUAGUAAUCGUAAAUCAAAUCGCUUUAUCUUGUUUCCGCAGUUUUGAGCCAACAAGUGAUGAUGAGCCACCUUCCAAAUAUAUCAAAUUUGUCACUUUCCUGCUUUGGAUGCUUUGGAUUGGAGACAUUGCGACUAGUCAGGGUGGCCUUGAAAAUGUUUCUUCGGGGAAAUGUCUGUUUUUCGGGUCCUGAACACUCUUUCUUUUCAAACUUUGUUAGCUUUUGGUGGCCGUCUAUUUUCUUCCACAAAUUAUACAAUCAUGCGAGCUAACGCAGCGAAUCUCAAAAAGAUGAGAAGACAAAGUUGCGACGCAAUUAAGCCCGUGCUGAAUUGAUGUGCACACACGCGACUCCUUUGUUGAAUGGUCCUUUUGGGGGAUGAGUUGCAAUUGGUUGGACGCAAACUUAGUGAAGGAAAGAAGAAAGAAAGAAAGCUUCUCAUCUGGUUAGAAUUAUGGUUUAUUAUUGUUCCAUUUUGACUGCCGUUCGCUCAUCUUCAAAAUAUCUAUUUUCAACGAAGAAAACAGGUUCUCACACAUGAAAAAUAACUUGUUUUGGCCAAUAGAUACUCCAAACUGCGCAGUGAUGAAAAAUGAUCUGAAGUCAGUUUUUGGAGGAGGGAACCUUUUGAGAAGCCGACCGACAGCAUCACUUUCCGCAACCUCUUAGACAUAUACACAUGAAAACGUAAAAUAAGAUUAUCUCGACUGGCUGGAACAUAAUUAAAUAGCCGUUUGACAAGAGCUUGAAAUAUUGCACUUGGCGAGUUGCCCUGCUCGGACAUUAAAACACAAAACUCGAUUAGCAUACAAAUGAUCGCGUUGACUCUUGCAGCGCCGACGGCAACUAUGAAGUCUCCUUCAAGUCCAACGUUUUCGUUGACCAUCACGGCGAUGUGACAUGGGUACCGCCAGCAAUGUUCAAAAGCAGUUGUCGGAUUGACGUCGAAUGGUGCGUUAAAGGCUCAAAAAGGGAUGAUGGAAAUAGAACUUCAUUAUGAUUCCUUUCGCAUUCUAAAUUCUAAUUACCACCUACUCAAAAGUCAUUUCCUCAUCUCAUUUUUCAGGUUCCCAUUUGAUGAGCAGUGUUGCACUUUGGUCUUCGGUUCUUGGACGUACAAUUCUGAAGAAGUCCGACUGCAUUGGUACAAUAAUAUCCAAGCGGUACAGCUGCAUGACUAUUCCUAUUCGGGAAUAUGGGAUGUUAUUGGUAACUUAUAACAGGAAGAAAGAAAAAUAGAAUGUGAUUGCAGAUGUGCCUGGGCAAUUGGUGCACAAACCCGACACCAAGGAGAACAAAAUGGUGUUCAAUGUGGUUAUCAGACGGAAAACUCUUUUCUACACCGUCAUUCUUAUCAUCCCGACUGUCCUCAUGGCCUUCCUCUCUGUCAUGGCUUUCUAUCUUCCCGUAGAUUCUGGAGAAAAAGUCUCACUAACAAUUUCACUUUUGCUCGCUCUUGUCGUUUUCCUGCUGCUGGUCUCCAAAGUAUGAUCCUCUCGUUGCACACACAAAUUUCAAGUGUCCAUCCAUUUUCAGAUACUGCCACCCACUUCAAACAUUCCACUAAUGGGCAAAUAUCUCCUACUUGCGUUUGUUCUGAACAUUGUUGCUGUAGUGGUAAGAUACUGGGACUUUGAAAAAGUUUGAAAUAUGAUUUUAGGGAACUGUUGUCAUAGUGAACGUCUACUUCCGCAGUGCGCUCUCGCACAAAAUGCCAACAUGGGUCCGAAAAGUAUUCUUGGAAUUUCUGCCCCAUUUGUUGGUCAUGAAAAGGCCCGAGAGAAUACCAAUUUUUAAUGGAUACUUUGUCGAAGAAUACUGUGCUUCUGAAAUUUUUGAUGCCAGUGAGUUUCAAGUCCCGUUCACCUGAUGUUUGGAUGAAAAGUGUUCAUCUAGGUCUUGUAAUGCCGUCUAUGACAGCCACAAUGCUUCCGUUCUUGCAAGUGACAUCUGCAAUUAAUGCUGAGAGUUCAACUAGCUCUGGACGAUCGUCGGAACACCAUGAGAACUGUUCCAAGUGGAAGAAACGGUUAUCGAUAAGAAUGUCGAAAAGGAGAGCUCCAAGAGUUAGUGCUCCAGUCUUUGAAACUAUUGAGCAUAAGAUUUCAGGCUCGUUUGGAUGAAGAUGGUGAAGAUAUUAUUGACGAUUCGAACGGGAAUCAUGUGGAUUCACUACACGAAAAGAUCAGCAAAGAGAUGAAAACGACAGUAGAAGCGAUUGCCUACAUCGCAGAACACAUGAAGAGAGAAAUGAGUCUGAAAAAGGUGAGAGUUGCUAUUUUAAUAGUUAGAAUACGUGAAUUGUAGAUGAGAGACGAUUGGAAGUACGUCGCGAUGGUUCUGGACAGGUUGAUUUUACUGAUAUUCUUCGGAGUAACACUGGGCGGAACUUUAGGAAUCAUUUGCUCAGGUAUCAUUUUGAUCUAAUUGCAACUUUAAAAACUUUUUAUUUUCAGCACCACAUGUAUUUGAUUUCAUCGACCAAGAAUCGGUGAUCAAAAAGUUGAACGCAAAAUAUCUACCGUCGGACAUGUACGCCUGAGCCCGUCUUCAAAUAACCUAUAGGCAAUACAAUGUACAUCAGAACAUUUGUUCCGAUUUACCACCAUUGGGUAGAAGUUUCAUCCCGUCUGGUUAAUUUUACUGGUUUCACGAUCGAAUUUCAUUUCAUUUCUCACCAUUUGCUCUUUCGUUCCCCCCUAAUAAACUUUCCCAGUUUGUUCGAGUGCAAAUUGAAAAAUCUUCGUGAAGGAAGGAGGGAUCCACUUCACAAUCACUUUGUCUGCGGACGACACCUGAAAGAAGAAGAUGUGUUUACUCAUCAACGGAUUGAGCAGCCCGGGUCCCAUUGAGCCCUCUCCAGUCUGUUUUGUUCCCAGGGUGGUGCUUCAAUUUUGUCAGUUAGAGCGCGAGAGGCUAAUGAAAUGUAAACAGCAUUGUUGCUGAGAUCCUUCUAACUCAUAUCAUUUAUUCAUUUAGCAAAGAAAUGCAUAUUAUUUCCUUCAUUGCUGUUUUGUUAAUCCCAGGUUGGCAUCUAAUUGAAUGGUGUGUCAGUUCUUGCUGCCAUUUUUCCAUAAUUUUCAGCUCUGGACGGAUAUCCUAAUUCAGCUGAAGAACGCCUUCUUUCUUACAUAUUUGACGGAUAUAAUUCGCUAAUUAGACCCGUUCUGAACGCAUCUUCACCGCCAAUUGAGGUAAUUUUCGCAAAUUUGCAAGAUUUUGUGCCGGGGCAAACAUGUAUAAAUUUUUAAAAGUUUUUGGACCCAGUUAGAUACUGUUUCGACCCCGGGGUGGCAUGUUGCAAGUCUGCAUUUUCGUGAGCUUCUUGCAAAAAUUAUAGCUUUUGCAGGUAUUUUUCAGUCUUGCAUUUGUCCUCCUCAUCAAUGUGGAUGAGAAGAACCAAAUUAUGCAAACUAAUGUUUGGCCGACGAUGAAAUGGAAUGAUUACCAAAUGCAAUGGGACCCGACCGAGUUCGAUGGAAUCAAAACGAUCCGAGUACCUCCGGAUAAGGUUUGGCUACCUGAUAUUGUUCUUUUCAAUAAGUAAGUGAUGAUUCUUACGCACUAUGGCAGCAAAAUCGAAAAUUUCAGUGCCGAUGGCAACUACCUCGUUUCGUUCUACUCGAACGUUGUGGUUGAGCACACGGGAGAUAUGCUCUGGGUGCCUCCAGCAGUUUAUAAAAGCAGCUGUUUGAUUGAUGUCGAGUUUUUUCCUUUUGAUGGCAAGUGCUACAAAAAAACUUCUCCCACCCCAUUAUCUCGUGUAACAUCAGUCGUUUUCCAGAACAAGUUUGUUCGCUCACUUUUGGUUCUUGGACUUUUCGCAAGGACGAGUUGCAGCUCUCUUAUCUCUCCGGCAAACGUCACGUCAGUUUGUUGAGGAAGUGAACAGAAAGUGAAUUUGUGUGCGGGGAUUUCAGGUCGAAUUGAAUGACUUUUUACCUUCUGGAGUUUGGGAUUUGAUGGAUGCGCCCGGCCUAUUGAUCGAUGAAAGAUCCAAAAUUUCGUAUCAAAUCAGAAUUAGACGGUUUAGAAAGAUUGUAAAAACAGAAAAGAACAGACUGUUACAGAAAAGCCUUGUUCUACACGGUUAUCCUCAUUAUGCCAACAGUUCUUAUGGCCUUUUUAUCCAUGAUGGUGUUUUACUUGCCAGCAGAAUCUAGUGAAAAAAUAACGCUUGCUAUCAGUAUUCUUUUGGCUUUAGUAGUGUUUCUUCUUGUUGUAUCAAAAGUAAGGGACACCAUUUUCUAAAGAUUUUUGUAUAAAUUAGUUCAGAUACUACCUCCUACAAGUUCCACAAUUCCGUUAAUGGCAAAGUAUCUCUUAAUGACUUUUAUCAUGAAUAUGAUAACUAUCAUGGUAAAACUCAAAAAAAAGUAAACGUAGAUAUUAGUGAAUUCUUUUUUAGGUCAGUGUGAUUAUCAUCAACGUCUACUUUCGUGGUCCCGCUACCCAUAUCAUGCCAACUUGGGUCAAAACAGUUUUUCUCAAGGUACAUAAUCCGUUUCGUAUCCAUUUCAUUUUCAACAGACACUUCAGUUUCUGCCCAUCCUUUUUGUGAUGCGACGGCCCGAAAGUACGGAAAAGGAGCUGGAGAGAAUGAAACGGGAGAAACGUGAGAGAAGGAGCAUGAAGUUUGCACUCAAGACGUUCUUCAAGAAGAACGAUGCCAGAGUGGUAAGCACCUUUUUUGUGACGUCAUUCAUUUGUCUCAAAUUCCUGUUCUUGUUUUUCAGUUCCAAAACCAGUCAAAACAAACAGUUUUGAAAAAAGAAGUGAGUGAUUUUAGCAUACUUUUCAGCGUUCUUAAAAUGUCUCUUUUAGGGGUCAAGUUCCGAAGAAAGGUUGUCUGCGGAUGCCAAGAAAGCGAUCGAAGCGAUCGAGUAUAUCACGACGCAUCUAACACACGACAACACCUUUAAACGGGUCAGUCGAAAGGGGGACUAAAGAACGACGCGUGUCAGAAACAAUUACUGUUUCGCGUGUUGUGUUGUUCACCGAACUCUUGACUUCAUUUCAGCAGCGCGAAGAAUGGAAGUUUGUUUCCGUGGUGAUUGAUCGAUUACUUCUUUAUCUUUUCUUUGGCGGUAAGUUGCUUUGAAAGUGUUUUGUUUUGAAAUCAAUGGGAAAGUUACAGUAACCACUGGUGGAACUAUGGGAAUACUAUUAUCGGCGCCAAAUGUUUUUGAACAGGUCAACCAAACUUCGAUUAUUGAGCGAUUGAAGCAACAAGCCGCGGAAGAGAUGCUCCAUUCAUGA